AUGUCUGCCGAAUACAAGAACGCCGACCUGAAUAAGAUCGCUCAAGACGCUGAGCGUGACCUUAACACAGACGCUGCAAAGAAGGGCCAUGGCAGCAACGCCGGUACCGACGCAACCGGCAUCGACGAGUCCGUAACCACCAAAUUCCCCGGUUCAACCGUCGAAUACGGCACCGGCGCCAGCAACAACCGCACUAUCCCCGAAUCCGAAGGCGGUUCGGUCAACCCAGCUACCGGCAAGUUGUACAAGGCGGGUGACUAUGCGCAUGGGGGUGUUGGCGCGCCGGAGGCGAGGUUGGAGGGGUAUGCGAAGAACCAUGGGGGUGAGGAUGAUGUUAGGGGGAACACGGUUGAUGGGGCGUCGUUGAGGCAGAGUGGGGCGAAAUAG